AAAUGUCAGUAUCCAAAAGGUAGACUCUGCGAUACAUGUUAUUAGAUAUUUCAUGUAAUACACACAUGUAAUUACACUUGCAUAUUGCAUAUUACGUUAUUAUUGUGUUACAUUAAAAAAUAUAAGGAUAACAGCGAUAAGGAUAACUCACGAUACAUUUUUGUUGUAUAUCUACCAAACAGCAUGCCAGAAUAUCAAGCAGCCAUGGUAAAAGCGUACAACGGCGCGUUGAUUCUUGCGGACGUAUUGCUGCUUAUUCUGAAGAUUCUAUAUUACAUUUGCGAGAGCGUGUAUAAAUUUUUUGUUCCAGCAGAAGAAAAAAGCGUUGCCGGUGAGAUCGUUUUGAUAACAGGUACUGGUCAUGGUAUUGGAAAAGAGUUAGCCCUUCGUUACGCAGCGUUAGGCGCAACAGUAGUAUGCUGGGACGUGAACCAAGAAUCGAACGAAGAAACAGUGAACGAAAUAAAGAAGACUGGAACGGCUGCAGCAUAUGCAUAUCAAUGUGACGUGUCGAAGAGAGAAGACGUCUUCAGCGUAGCCGAAAAAGUCAAGAAGGAAGUCGGUGACGUCACUAUUCUAGUUAACAAUGCCGGUAUAAUGCCUUGCCACGCAUUCCUCGAUCAUACAAGCGACGAAAUUAGACGGAUUUUCGACAUUAACGUGUUGGCCCAUUUCUGGAUUCUACAGGCAUUUCUCCCAAGUAUGAUCGAAAAAAACCAUGGCCAUGUAGUUGCGCUCUCUUCAUUGGCUGGAAUCGGUGGCCUUCCAAAUUUAGUUCCCUACUGUGCUUCAAAAUUUGCAGUUAGAGGGCUUAUGGAAUCGAUCAGCGAAGAACUACGGAUAUCCAGCAAAGGAAAAUCCUUAAUCAAAUUUACUACCAUUUAUCCGUACAUGGUAGACACUGGACUUUGCAAGAAGCCAAAAGUAAAGUUCCCGAAUGCCAUGCCGUUGGUUUCACCGGGGCAAGCAGCCUCACAAAUAAUUCACGCGCAGAGACAUAAUUACCGCGAAAAGACUGUGCCUCCAUAUUGGUUGUCACUCGGUACGAUAGUGAGAAUUCUGCCCGACGAAGCGUUACGUUCCUUGCUAGACUUCUUCGAUAGCGGUGUCGAGGCGGUGUCGAGCUAACCACUGCAAAAAGAACAAUCCCAGUUAAUUCAAAAUAUGUGAACAAAAAAUUUUUUAUAUGAUCGUAUCCUAUAUGCUAUUGCAUUAUUUAUAGUAUGUACAAAUAAAUGCCAGGAUUGCCGAUUUAUACGUGGGAAAUAAAACAUUUUUCUCCUCAAAACUUCUAGAGAUUCUACUCGGCUACUCUCAAUAUAUAAAAAUAAUUAUCUAUUAAUCAACCAUAAUUAUAAUUAAUCGCAAGGAUUAAUGCAUGUAAACGCACAAGUGUAGAUGUUUUAUACUGACAGCGAUAAUAUUACGUAUAAUAUAACGUAAAUAAUAAAUAAAUUUUUUAUACAAUAUCAAAAAAAAAUCAUCGUGAACAUUAUAUUAUUUUCUAGUAAUGUUAGCACAAUAAAUUAGUCGCGCGAACAAUAACGUUUUAUUCUGCUUAAUUGAUAAAUUUAAAUUAGUAUAAUGUGUAUUUAUACAGAUAAAACUGCGUUUCAGCUAUUAUAUAUUAUAACAUGUUAUUAUUCAAUAUAUUAUUAUUUCCGUUUAUUAUGCGAUAAAGCAUAAGCUGUGUAUAGUGAUCAUUAUUAAUAUAAUUAUUUGUCUUUAUACACGUAUCUAUAAGUUAUUUAGAUAAUACAAAUAGCAUAUAUGUGCGAUACGGACAAUGUAAUGUAGAAUAAUGCAAUUUAUUGAUAGUAUAAGUAUUUGAAAGAUUAAUGUUCUACACUUUAAUUCAGCGCAUAUAAUUAUAAUAAGAGAUAAAAAGGGAAAUAAUAAAAUUAUCAAUAAAUAUCAAUUUUACGUGUAUAGUAUAAAGAAAUUUAUUCGACGGAAGGUGUAACUUUAAUAUAAUAAGUAUUUUAAUUAUAAUAUAAAUAUCAAAAUUUAAAUUCGUAAGUUUGUAAACUCACUUUUGCUCAUUAAAUUUCCGUCAAAUAAAUUUCACAUAUUAAAUUGUACACUAAAAUUAGGCAAGAAAUAAAAAAAAUCUAAACUGCUAA